GCAAUCUUCAACUCCGGCCGAUGACGAAACUGCCGGCGCGACGCCCGAGCGCCACUCGCACAUCGAGCAGGCGUCAAAAUGCCGCAUAUAAGCUCAUGGUCCACGGCCCUGAAUAUGGCAACGGAGAAGAGCUCAUUGUGAACCCAGAGUCGUUUCCUGACCUCAAGGUGCGCGACAUCGUGGAAAUCAUCCAGCCGGACCGCGUGCAUCUUCGACUAGUCAUGCAAGUGCGCACCCUUGCUCCAAUUCGCGGCAAACUCCAAGUGAGCAUCUUGAAAGAUCUAGCACUGCAAUUCCAGCUCGACCCAUUUCAUGAAGUCACGGUUCAACGUAUUGACCCGACCGACGCGACAGUCGACUUUAUCGAGCUCUCGUUCAAGGAUCAAUUCAUGUCUCGCGCGGAUCUGUGGCGAUAUAAAGUAGCUAUGUUUGGAAAAUGCCUCUUUGCUGGCAAGGCGUACGAGGCGCUCGACACUCGAGCUCAGGUCGAGAUGCUACUUGCAAAGGGCGAAAACGUGUUGUGUGGGGUCAUGGGGACUAGCACGAAGCUCAUUCUUCGAUCUCGUUCGAGCCGCAUCUUUUGGCUCGUGCAAAUGAGUCCCGAAAUGUGGGACUUUGCAGACGACGGCGAAAUCUACUUUGAGAAACUCCUUCAUCGGUUUGUCCGGGCGCUCGUGGCCAAGUGGCACGAAGCCAGCGUCAGCCACUCCGUCACGGUGCUCGUGUUUUCCCGCAGCUUCUACGACGCGGACCAGUUCCCCCCCGAUUAUGAUCCGACGGCUCCCGUCUUUGCCGACGAAUGCAGCCACCAGGCAUUUGGCCCGGGCGCUCAAGCCUCUGCCGCCCAUGGUCAUGGUCCUGCCAUGCACGUCGACAGCUGCAGUGGUCGAUACUACGAAGACUUUUACAAAGUGCUCAUUCAAGACUACACUGGUCCGGACUGGACGGUCUUGAUUCGCCUUCUUCAAGCAGAGUUCGCAUCGUACCCAGAACGCCACCGAUGGCGCGUUCCCGCCAGCAAACGGCCAGCCAGCUACGUCGUGUCACCGACGGGAGUUGUACAAUGGCUGGCGCUUCCACACGGCGUACCGGCGCGCGCGGCGGAAGGCAACGUCCUAGAAGCCAUCAACGUGACGCUAAACGUGCUCGACAAACACUACAUGGAUCGAGAUUUGAAUCGCGCGGGGCAAGGCAUUGUGAUGCUGACUGCCGGUGCGGCGGUGUUUCACGUCCCAAAGCGGUUGGCGCAAAUCACCAAGCAGCGCAUGAUGGACACGGGCGUCGGUAUGGACAUGGUAUCUUUGACGACGCCGCCGCUGCAUCCGGUGCCUCUCUUCCGAUGGAGCAAUCCACCUUUGUCGAAAGGGGACAACUCGUUGCCGACACCAACAGAGUAUAGCGUGCCGCAUUGGAUCAACGUGAGCUUCCUCGACUUUGACUGUACGUGUGGCGCAGCCAAGAAGAGUCUCAUGCGGUGCCACUGCCGUGUCAUUUCCAGAGACUACAUUGCUGACUGUCCGACGAGCUUUCUUCCGUUGCCAGCCUGCCGAAUGCUCAAUCGCCAGCGCAUGCCAGUCCCGCUUACUAACAUCCUGGCCAACGCGGACAACGACGCCAGCACCCGCACCUUCUCCAACGAUUCCGCCAUCCUGCCGUCGAAGGUACUGCAUCGCACGAUCGACCAAGACAUCAACCAAGACGUUCAGGCAUACGACGACAGCGUGUUUUUAGUGGCGCCGCCAGUCCGCACCGCCGUCGAUCCGUCGGGGACGCAGCCCAUGUUUGUCCCGCUCAAGUCGAAGAAUAUGUCGUUCUCUGACAAGGACGAGGUCGCCAACAGCAUCCCCUUGCAGCCACGCAAACGUGUCGUAAGCAUGCAAAACCUUCAGAAACUCAACAAGUCCAAGCUCUCGUUAUCGGGGCCGCUGAGCCCCAACGCCCAUGUGGACAGCGAUGGCACGUGCACGGCUCUGCAUGGCCGCAGUCCUUCGUUUAGCCCGCCGGACGGCAUCUCCAUUCAUCAAUUGCCUCAGCUGGGGAGUCCUCAGCACCAUCCGUCAUUCACUGUGUCGUCGUCGCUUGACUCGACGGGCCCUUUCAUGCUCAAGAGCAACCGGAGCGCUGCCGACUUAACCAGCCCACGCACCUCUCGACACCCAUCGAUCGAAACGACCAACGGGUCGCCCAUGCCAUCCGCAUGGAUGUGCCCACGCCCUGGGAAACCUCCGAAAGCGCCGUGUGAGCCGUUCCAGACGUCCUCCGCCGAUGGCAGCGACUGCAAACUCACGUCGAAUCGCCGUCGGUGGAGCCACAUCUUCCCGUGGACGCCAGAAUGUAACGCGAUCGUCGGACCGAACUGGAAGUCCCUCGUGAACCCGGCCGUCCUUCCCCUCACGACAGACUUUUACCCCAAGGACCUCCACGUGAACUACACCGAGUCGUUCUAUUCGCUCAUGCUACUUGAAACAAAGGGGCACCACACACACCAGCUCCUCGUCGAGAUGAUUUGCCAACGCCUCGCGAGUGACUUCCAGCUGGUCGAGCAACCAACAAAAGCGACUGGUGACAUGACCGGCGAGGCGGCGCUGGUGCGUCUCGGUGCCGCGCCCCACCGCCAAACGUACACUCUAAGCAUGGGCCACCGAAUCCACAAACUCAUCUACGACGACAUCCAACAAACGAUCGAUGUCAAGUGCUAUCACAAACGGCUCAAGACUGCGACGCACGACAACCACCCGUUCGUGUACGAGUACUCGCUGUACGACCCCCUCACUGCAUCGUUCCACAAACAACUCCAGACGUUCCACGAGUUUCCGUCGCCCGAGGACAACUGGAACACCACGGACAACUUGCUCUGUGGCUACGUCGAUGCCAUGGGCGACAGCACCAAGUGCCGUCGCAUUCGCUUCGUCGUCAUGCCGUCGUCGACCCGCGACGACGCCAAGAUCCAAAAGCUCGUGGAUUUUCUACAGUCCAAGCUCGGAACGGACGACGCACUGCACGUCACGAUGCACCCCGAGUCGGUCGAUGGACGGACGUGCGCGCCGACCAACGUGGCGCGGCAAUUUGUCCGCGUGAGUUGCAAUACGGCUGCCCGCAUGGAGAUCGAUUGCCGAAACGAAUGGCUCAUGCUCCUCGUCGAUGUGGACUGGUACCCGAACGUGAACUUUCACAUGGACGUACGGUGGCUAGCGUGCAGCGGGACGGUUGUCGACGACUUUGUGACGACAUUGCGGCGCAAGUGCAAACACGCCAACCUGGACCUGCGCCGCGUGCCCGAGUUCACUCAAGUCCACCACCUCCACAUCCAUCCGUGUCUGUCGUCGGUGCUGCUCCCGUUCGUGGCAACCACGAUCGGCGACGGAAAUGACGCCGACUCGCCUCGACGAAGCAUCCACGCGCAGUGUCUGCGGUGGGGCUUUGUCCUGGACGGCGCACACGUCGCAGACAAUGGCGGCAUCGGCCAUGGACUCAUGCCCAAGCACCAGCCGUCGCCCGCCGCCCAGAGACACACCACCGGCCAACGGCGACCUCAGACGUGCCCGGAAACGUGGAAAGCGCGCGGUUAUGUCCAGUACAUGCACCGCCACGCCCCCGUUUUCCUUCGUGUGUUGCAUCAUGGCGUCGUGUGGAUACCCAGCUAUGCAUACGACAACAAAGCCACAUCGGACCUCGUGCGGCCGCUCUACGACUCAGUCUGCCACUGGAUCGAGGCCUCCACCAAGUGCUCAAACGAUGCGCAGAACGUGCCAUGAAGGAGACGACUUGCAAAGAUAUUUUGAGCUGUGCAUUCAUCGUCGCAAGCAUAGGCUGCUGCGUUCUAUAUGCGGUAAAACUUGGCAGCCGUCCCGGCAAACAGCGCGCGUCGGUCGGCUUCGGAGAAUUCGGACACCCACUCGUGAAAACUCGCAUAGAGUUCGGGCAUGGUGGGGCCGGUGGCAUCGAUGCCGUCGGCGUUGGCGGCGGCGCCGUUCUGGUGCCAGUUGGAGGCAAACAUGCAGCGGUUGACACCGAAGAGACCGAUGACUUCGCGCACCAAGUCGCGAACGAAUGCUUCUUUCUUUGCAUCUUCAUGCCAGCCAGGUACCACGUAACCCAACAUGGACAGCUUGACGUACACGUUGGGUAGCGCGGCGAGUUUGGUCAUUCCCGCGCGCCACACGGCAAGCUUGUUGGUUUCAGCAUCGCUUCCAUCGAGAGCGAGAUGACGCACCUUACCCAAAUGAUCUACGACGACAGGUACGUCGGGAUGGCGCGAGAUGAGCGCGGCGGCGGCAUCCAACUGCAACGGACUGCACUGCAAGUCGAAGGAGAGGGAGUGUUUGGCGAGCAAAGCAAACCCACGCUCGAAUGCUUGUGCAGGCCCCGACGUAUCACGGAUGUAGUCGUUUCCGUGACGAGAUACAGCAAUGUGAGUGGCGUUCUUUCCACCGUCGAACGGACCUUCGUAGUCGACCAUGAACCGAACGCCUCGGACUUUCGACGACGCGGCAACGAUCGCAGCGAGUUGGGCAUCAACGUCUUCUUCCGCGAGAUUGACCGCAGCGACAAUUGCAGCGACGGUGGGGGCACGUCCGGCAGCGAUGAGGCUUUCGAUCCACUCAACUUCCGCAAUGCCACUGUCCGGCAUGGCGUCAAUGUGGACCGACCGAGAGAUGGGAAUCUCGCCGACAGCUUCGGCGUACUGUUCAGGGAGGUAUGGCGAUGCCCCCAACGACUUGAGGAACGAGUAGUGUUUCUCGUUGGUGUCGUAAAAGUGGUGGUGGGCAUCCACAAUGUCGGCACCGAUCGCGGCGCUCGCCUGGCCCAUGUUUCCGGUUGUAAGCCAAAGUGAAAGUGGCAUCCCUGAUGACACA